AUGACGCAGUCAGAUUUGGACUUGUUGCUGGACAUGGGCUUUGACAAGUCACGUGCCGAGUUAGCAAUCAAGAGGACAGGUGGACUGCAAGGUGCUCUCGAGUGGCUCGAGAAGAACCAGGACACCUCUCUGGAGGAUCUUAAAAAUGAGGCUGACGAAGAGUCCCAAGGUGGACCUAACAUCGCCCCUGUUGGGGAUGGCCAAUCGGCAAAUUCGUUAGUUUGCAACGAGUGUGGGAAGAAGUUCAGAAACAGCGACUCUGCAACUUUCCAUGCUACAAAAUCGGGCCACACCGACUUCUCCGAGUCGACAGAGGCCAUCGCCCACUUGACUGAGGAGCAGAAGAAGGAAAGACUGGCAGAGCUCCGUGAGCAGCUCAAGGCUAAGAAGGCAGCUCAGUCGGAGGCGGACAAGGAGGACGCCAAACGCAACGAGAAGAUUCGUCAGAAGGCCACCAGAGAGACUCAGGACCUGAAAGAGGAAAUCGCACGCAAAGAGCAGAUUAAGGAGGCUGCCAAGAAGCGUCAAGAGAAACUUGACGACCUAGAGGCCAAAAAGCGUAUCAAGGCCAAGAUCGAAGCGGAUAAGGCAGAGCGCAAGCGCAAGGCGGACGAGGCCAAGGCUGCUCGUGACGGCACGACUGUCGCUUCAUCCUCAGCAUCCUCUGCCGCUGCCUCCUCCGCGCCUGCAGCUCCUAAACCCUCUGUGUCGCACAACGAGGCCAGGCUGCGUCUACAACUGCCUGUAGGGGGCAAUGUGCAAAAGACUUUCCCUGCGGAGACCACACUAUUCGAGGUUGCCCAGGCCAUCGAAGCAGAACAUGGCAUUCCCGUGGGUAACUUCAGUUUGACAUUUCCCCGCAAAACGUUUUCAGGGAGCGAAGACUUUAGCAAGACUCUUCGUGAGGCUGGUUUAGUUCCUAGCGCCGUCCUUAUCGUCAAGUCUGCAUAG